AUGACGGAACCUUUUAUCCAUAUCCUUGAGGCAACCGUGGAGCUAAAAUCUUCAGCGGAGAGUUUCUUUGACAUGCUUGUCGGGAGACCACAUCAUGUCACCAAUGCAACUCCAUCCCUGAUUCAUGGCGCUGAGUUGCACGAAGGCGAAUUGGGCCAAGUUGGUUCAGUCGUCGGUUGGAAAUACUUUCAUGAUGGAGAGGUAAAGGCGUUGAAACAGGCGACCGAGUCAAUGGACCCUGAAACUAACCGUGUCACGUACAAUGUGUUAGAAGGUGAUCUAUUGAAAGAGUACAAGAGUUUCAAGAUCAUCUUCCAGGUGACCCCUAAGGAAGGAGAAACCGGAAGUGUUGCAUACUGGAAAUUUGAGUAUGAACUAAUCAACGAGGAGGUGGGUCACCCUGAGACUCUUCUCCAGUUUAAAGUCGACAUGUCCAAAGAGAUCGAUGAACAUCUCCAGUUGGGGGAAUAG